GCAGAAGCUUCUCAGAGCACCUCAGUCCAUUACUUUGUGAAUGAUCUACACCAGUGCCUGAACCAGUUUUAUCCAGUUCCCUUUGAGAUGUCCUGCCAGCAGAGUCAGCAACAGUGCCAGCCCCCUCCCAAGUGCAAGAACCCUCCUUCUUCCUGCUGUAGCCUGGGCUCUGGGGGCGGCUGUGGCUCCAGCUCUGGGGGCUGCUGCAGCUCUGGCGGUGGCAGCUGCUGCCUGAGCCACCACCACAAGCCCCGAUUCUCUUUCCGUCGCCGACGUCACAGCUCCGGAUGCUGUAGCAGUGGGGGCAGCAGCAGCUGCUGUGGCAGUAGCUGUGGGAGCAGUUGUUGCAGCGGCGGCGGGGGCAGCAGCUGCUGUGGCGGCGGCGGCGGCAGCAGCAGUAGCGGCGGCGGCAGCAGCUGCUGUGGCGGCGGCGGUGGCAGCAGCAGUAGCGGCGGCAGCAGCUGCUGUGGCGGCGGCGGUGGUAGCAGCAGUAGCGGCGGCAGCAGCUGCUGUGGCAGUGGCGGUGGCAGCAGCAGCGGCGGCGGCAGCAGCUGCUGUGGCAGUGGCGGUGGCAGAAGUAGUGGCGGCAGCAGCAGUAGUGGCGGCAGCAGCGGCGGCGGCAGCAGUAGCCAGCAGCAGUCUGGGGGCUCUGGCUGCUGCUCUGGAGGUUGCUGCUGACCCGGGGAAGAGGACCGUGGAAAGCAGCACCGCCGAAGACACGCCAGCCAGUGUCUCCUCUUCUCUGGUGUUCCUGCAGAAAUACUUGUAGAACUCUGUAUGCCCUUCUUCAUUCCCACAAAGCUCAUCUACCACGAGGCCUUGAGGUCUCACUUCUGACAUCUAUUAGCUUUGCUUUUUCUCUCAGACGCAACUGAGAAUGAGAUGUUGAAAAAUCAGCUCUAAAGCUCUUUUCUGGGUAAUAAAGCUUUUGAUUCUUGA